AACCGUAAACGAUAUUGCCUAACGUUGAAGGAUUCAAGCAAGGUUGUACAUUCAACUAAAAAUAGGAGGGCUAUACAAAAAACGCUAACGUGAAUGGAAUCAGGAUCUGCUGUUCAUAUUCAUCCAGUGGUGCUGGCGUCCAUCGUAGAUGCGUACGAAAGACGAAUGGAGGAGUCUGAACGCGUUAUUGGAACGCUUCUAGGAACGUGGGGAAAGGGAAUUAUUGAAGUCACUCAUUGCUUUAGUGUACCUCACAAAGAAUCAGAAAUUGAGGUAUCAAUGGACUUUGAAUUCGGCAAGAGUAUGGCAGCUCUUGAACGCAAAGUUAACCGUACUCAUAGUGUUGUCGGUUGGUAUGCAACAGGAAAUGAGAUCACAGAGCACUACAAACUUAUUCAUCAGGAGUAUUACAUGCAACAGUCGAAAAACGCUAUUUUUCUGCUAGUUGAUACUAACAUGACUUUUGGAGACAAAAUGGCACUGAAGGCGUAUUUGUGCAGACAAAUGGGUAUACCAGGUGGCGUACGCGGGUUCAUAUUUGUACCAGUUGAAGUAGACAUUGAGUGUUACGGUGCUGAACGAUGUGCUGUUGAAAUGAUGGUCUCUUCUAUCGAUCCAAGGAGCAAGUUGCAACCUGAGUACUGGUCCAACAACGUUGCCUUCGGUGGUUUGGCCAUGUUCUGCGCCGACCAGAUGACGAUCUGGUCAAAUCAGUUCUAAAUCCCUCGCCAUUUCCUUCUUGGCGAUGUCGCAGGGGUGGUACAGUCAAGGCUGAUAUGGACUGCCUUGGGCUACAAACCGUCUACGGACUCCGUCUGUGGAACAAGAAUUGGAUAACCCUGUCGCAAAACCUUGCAUCAGAUCGCCGCGCCUGGGAAGCGAUGAUUCGAGAUGUUCAUGAAGCCGGCUCAUCCUCCCGUAGGAGAUAGUCGAAGUAAAGUAAAACUUGGAGACGACAUGGUCUAUUUGUACCAACUUUCACAACACCUGAUUUCUAUGUUGGAUCAAGUUAUUCGAUAUGUUGAAAGUGUGAUUGAUGAAAAGUGUCCAGCUGAUCCUAAAAUUGGACGAUCUAUAGCUCAGUUAAUCUUCUCAAUCCCCAAACUAGAUCCUGAUCACUUGGAACAACUUAUCAAUUCAAGUUACAAAGAUUUACUGAUGGUCACUUAUCUGACAAAUCUUAUCCGGACUCACUUGAAAAUUUUGAAUUUGGCUCAGUGAAUUUAUACAAGUGGAGAAGCAUAAUGUUGAACGUAAUUUGCUAUUGUGAAUACUUUUAUCUAAUUGAAAUGUACUUAAUUAUGACUUUUAUUUCUCCUAUGAAUGAAAUAUAUGUAUAUUCUUGGA